AUGUGUAAUACUAAAUUUUUAGCAAUUUUCUGUAGUCUGUUAUCUAUUACUUUUGUAACAUCUGAUUUAUUAUCUUCAAUUGAUUGUCUUAAUCGUGGUUUUUCAUCGGAUAAUUUACUCUGCUCUAAUUGCCAUGAUUUAAAACAAUUUAAACUAAAUGAAUUAGAAAAUACAUGUCAACAAUGUUGUACUCAUACUGAUAAUGGUGAUGAUGAUGAGAAAGGAAUUAAAUAUAGUCGAGCUGUUCUUACAGUAUGUACAUGUAAAUUUGGACGAUAUCCUCAAAUCGAGGCAUUUAUUAAAAGUAAUCGUCCAAAGCAAUUUCCAACAUUUUCAUUUAAACAUGUACCUGGUGCAGAACCUGUUCUUCAUUUAUAUAAUGAUAAAGAUGAAAAUGUGCAAUCAUUAGGUAUUGAAAAAUGGGAUACAGAUACAUUAACAGCAUUUCUUGAAGAAAAUUUACAAGUUUAA